AUGUGGGCCGGCGGAGAGCAUGUGGCGUACCUCCCCGACCCGGUCAAGCUGGCCUCCGAGGCCGGCUACCCCGCGCCAGACGUGCGCGAGCGGCUGGCGGGUGAGGCCGGCAUGGCCUUCACCACGCUCUCCUGCGAAGACGUAGCCUCGGGCCGGCUCGCGGGUCACACUGUGCUUGUGGUCCCGGGUGGGUUUGCGCCGCACACCUUCGCUCGGCUAGGCGAUGCAGGCGCCGCCGCGAUUCGCGAGUGGACUCGCGCGGGCGGCGGGUUCGUCGGCGUGUGCGCCGGCGCCUUCCUCGGGUGCGAGUUGGGUCUGCUCCCGGUGUCUGUGCGAGAUAUCGACCACGUCGGUGCUGAGGCGACGCCGUGCCGCGUUGCCUUCACUGCGGCCGGCCAGGACCUUCUCGGCGGGCCUUCGGCGCCCGUCAUUGCACGGUAUGCGAACGGGCCACUCUUACAGCUGCUCGAGCAAGAGGGCGGCGGCGCGGCGCUGCAGGUGCUCGCAACCUUUGCGUCGAGCGCUCGCCCGGCGGCGGUGGCGAUGGAGGGGUCGCCGGCGAUCGUCGCCGGCAGGUUCGGAGACGGGCUGGGGCCUUCCUGGAGCAGCGCCUUCCUGCGCUGGCAGCCGCCGAGGCGCGGCGCGAGGAAGGGCGGGCAGCUGCACGGGCGGCUGUCGCUCUACGCCGACGACGUCGCCCCUCCGCCAGAACCGCUGACGGAGGCCGAGGCGGAGGCUUUCUUCUCGUCUGGCGGCGCCACGCGCCCCGCCUGGGCGAGCGCGGUGUGCGACGCGGCCGCGGGCGCGUCGCUCGGUGCGGAGGCGACGGCGGCGCUGCUCUCGCGCGGUUUGGCGUGCGGCGACAUCGCGGCGAUGAGCGCGGGAUCGCUGGCGCGCCUCCAUGGUAGCUGGGUUGGCACGAUUGGCCAGAUGGUGCGGCUGCGCGCGUGUGCCGCCGAUCAGCAGCUUCCUCCCCCGCCGCUGCUCUCGCUCCCUGAGGACUUGCUGCAACGAAUCCUCCACAUGGCGAGCACAUGGCCCGGGGGCGACGCCGCCGCCAUGCCGCUUGUCUGCCGCCACUGCGCGCGGCUGUGCGACGAGGCGUGGUGGCGGCGGCUGCUGCAGUCUCGCUGGCCGGGGGUGUGCGAGGCGAUGGGCGGGUGUGGAGAGGGCGGUGCCGUGGGAGGCACCCGCUCCGCGUUCCUCCCGCACCUGCCACCGACGGAGCCGCGGGCAAUGCCGACAAGUUUCCUCGUCCUGUUGCCCGCCGCUCCGGCGCAGGCGUUGGGCGGGGGGCGGCCUCCCCUUGUUUGCGCCAGCCCCGUUCCUCUCGCCGCGGGCGCAGCAGUGUGCGAGGUCGCCGGCCGCGUUCGGUUCGCGGACAUCGGGCCUGGAGGCGGCGACGCGAGCUCAACACAAGUCAGGCUCUCGGGCAGGGCAGGGUGCUGGUUUGGGGACGGUACGGUGCGACUCGACGUCCUUCGCGAGGGCGCGGUCACCUCUGUCGUCCUCGACGCGCGUGCGGAGGGCAACGCUUCGCGCUGGGUGCGGCUGCAGCGUGCGCAAGCAAACUGCUUCCUCGAGGCGGUCUUUGUCGACGACGGGCCGGCGCGGAUUCUCCUGCGCUGCAGCCGUUCGGUCGCUGCCGGGGAACCGCUCUCCAUCAGCGACCUGCACCUCCUGUCCGGCCCGAGGCCGCAGCAGGCCGCGGCGGCGGAACCGACGUGCGUGCGCGAGCAUUCCACCCGCCCAACUAUGCAGGCGCUGGGCGGGAUGCUCGGCAUGCUGUUGCAGUCGAAGGACAGGGAGGGAGGCGGCGGCGUGUACUGCAUGGUGGCUUUGUGA